UAAUUCAUUAUUGGAAACCAAAACCUAGUGCCAACACAACCUAUCAAUAAUAAUCCAAUAAACACAAACACAUAUCACGUCACCAUUACCUUCCAACUUCCAAGUAGUCUCUUUUUAUAUUCAAUCACACCCAUUUAUCAAGUCUUCCUCAUAUAAAAACGUAUGAUCUCAUCUACUUUUUUCUAACUCUUUCCCCCCUUUUCAAAAACAAACACCAAAUUAAAUUCUCUCCUUUCCUAUUAUCACCUUCAUUAUCAAUCUAAUUAUAUAAUUAGUGGUGGUUAUUUGGUUAAUCAAUCAUUUAAUCACAUGACCACUUCACAACAAUGCUCUUCUUCCCUACUCCUCUCCCUCUUAACCGAUGACCUCCUCGCUCACAUCCACUCCCUCCUCCUCGAACCGGCUCACCGGAACUCGUUCCGCCUCGUCUGCCGCACCUUCCAACGAAUCAACUCACUGAGUCAAACCCACCUCCGCCCUCUCCACCCCUCCAUCCUUCUCUCUCUCCUCCCUAAACUCCCCUCCUUACACACCCUCGACCUCUCCUUAUGCCCCCGUGUCGACGACUCCCUUGCACUCGCCAUCUCCCCAAUAAUACGCCACCGCGUAACCACCCUCUCCCUAAGCCGAGCGUCGGCGCUAACCCCUGUAGGGAUCGAGGCUCUCGCACGAUCAUGCGAGAGACUCGAGUCCCUCGACGUUUCGUAUUUGUGCAGGAGGUUCGGAGAUAAAGAGGCCCUCGCGGUGUCAUGCGCGAUGGGGUUAAAGGAGUUAAAGUUGGAUAAGUGCUUAAACUUCGGCGAUGUGGGAUUGGCGCACAUUGCGGUUGGAUGCGAGAGUUUAGAGAAUGUAAGCUUGAAAUGGUGCUUAGAGAUUACUGAUCUUGGGAUUGGUCUUCUUGCUACCAAGUGCUCCGGUUUGAAAUUCCUUGAUUUAUCUUCUCUCAAGAUUACGAGUCAAUCGUUGCAUUCGAUUGCAGCAUUGCAAAAGCUACAGAGUUUGAUAAUGGUGGGUUGUGGUUUGGUGGAUGAUUAUGGGUUGCAUUCGCUUGGUAAUGGCUGCCCUUCACUUAAGGUAGUAGACAUGUCAAGGUGUGAUGGUAUUACUUCUGCUGGAUUAUGCUCAGUAGCUAAAGGACAUCGUCGACUGCAACAGCUGAACGCAAGCCAUUGUAUGGUCGAUCUCACCUCUGAUCUUCUUUGUGCAUUGAAGAACUUAAAGUGUCUAACUGUCUUCAAAGCUGAUGGAACUCGUGUUUCUAAAGCUACUAUCCUAAGCAUUACCAAAAACUGCACGUCUCUUGUCGAAAUUGGGCUAAGUAAAUGUAUUGGACUUAGAGACAUUUACAUGAAACAGCUUGUAACAGGAUGCUGUAACUUGAGAAUCCUUAAUCUUUCCUGCUGUGAUACUGUUACUGAUGACGCGAUUGCAGCAAUCGCUAACUCGUGCAGGAAACUGCAGUGCCUGAAGUUAGAGUCUUGUAGUUCUGUAACAGAGAAGAAUUUUCAACUACUUGGCUCUUCUUGUGUUCUUCUUGAAGAGUUAGAUCUCACUGAUUGCUCUGGCAUAAAUGACACUGCUCUUAGUUUCUUAUCCCGGUGUUCGGAACUUAAGGUCUUAAGACUAGGGCUUUGUGACAAUAUAUCAGAACAUGGAUUGUUCUACAUUGCUUCCAACUGUAUGAAGCUCUGUGAACUCGACAUAUACCGGUGUCCUAAUGUUGGAGACGGAGGAAUGGCAGCAUUGUCAAUUGGGUGCAAGAAGUUGAAGAAGCUAAAUGUAUCAUAUUGCAGUAGUUUAACUGAUAAGGGGAUGGAGUAUAUCGGUAGACUAGAGGAGCUGAACUCCCUUGAGAUGCGCAGCCUAAUGAAUGUUACCGGUGUGGGAUUGCAAGCCGUUGCAGUUGGGUGCAAAAAGCUGUCAAUGUUGGAUUUAAAGCACUGUGAGAACAUUCAAGAUUCGGGUUUUUGGGCUCUUGCCAACUAUUCCAACUAUAUGCGCGAGGUAAUCCUUUGA